CGCUGCAGUGCGGAGCUGACCCGGCAGUGCUGAAAGGUUCACGGAGGGAGGGGGAAACACAACCCCAGUCCAAGAUGGCGGACGAGCAGCAGGAAACAUCCCAGGGAGAGAUGGAGGGCGUGAAUUGCCUUGCCUAUGACGAAGCCAUCAUGGCACAGCAAGACCGAAUUCAGCAGGAAAUAGCCACCAGCAACCCUUUAGUGUCAGACAGACAGGAUCUGUCUGUGCUACAGAAAGAGUAUGCAGAAGAAGACACCAUCUAUCAACUCAAGAUUAAGGACCUUCACAAAAAAUAUUCAUACAUUCGGAAGACGCGACCUGAUGGAAACUGUUUCUACAGAGCUUUCGGCUUCUCACAUUUGGAGUCACUACUGGACGACAGCAAAGAGCUACAAAAGUUUAAAGCAGUGGCAGCAAAAAGCAAACUGGACCUUGUGAACCAGGGCUUCACCGAGUUCACUAUUGAAGACUUUCAUAACACAUUCAUGGACCUGAUUGAGCUGUGUGAAAAGCAGCCAGCUCUCGGGGAGCUGCUGAGCUCCUUUAAUGACCAGAGUGUGUCUGAUUAUGUGGUGGUAUAUCUGAGGCUGCUUACUUCAGGCUACCUGCAGAGAGAGCACACCUUUUUUCAACACUUCAUAGAGGGAGGACGAUCCGUCAAAGAAUUCUGCCAGCAGGAGGUGGAGCCAAUGUCCAAAGAGAGUGACCACAUCCACAUCAUUGCCUUAGCACAGGCAUUAAAUGUGUCUAUACUGGUGGAGUACAUGGACCGAGGAGAGGGAGGCACGGUUAACCACCACGUCUUUCCAGAGGGCAGCGAACCACGCAUCUUCCUCCUCUAUCGACCAGGCCACUACGACAUCCUGUACAAAUAACGGUCCUCAUUCUGGCACAGCGGUGGAGGAGAAUACACCCAAGAACCAGCCAAGAUUAUUAUUCAUACAUCCGUGUGCGAUGGUUACUCUGCGGUAUUACAAACACAUACAGUGAACCGUUUUUGUCACAAAAAUUUCCCCUUAUUAAAA